UGUCUGUCACUCUGCCUCACUCGCUCUCUCUCUCUCUCUCUCUCUCUCUCUCUCUACUUCAUUCUCUCCUUCUUCCUAUGCCUUAGGCAAGACCGUAAAAAGUCGUAGUAGUCCGAUAGCAUACAAACUCGCUCCUGGGACGUUUUCGAGCGUGUAUCGGCGAUGGCAUCGCUUUGAGGAGGGACACCUCAACGUUUCGUCCUCUUUUCGUCUGUGCAGGGCUCACGACAGGAGAGAGCGAGAGGCCCUAGCGCUGCCUUGUCACGCCGCGGAGAUUUCCGGGCUUGGAUGAGUGGCGAACAGCAGUGAGAGACUUCGCCCCCCCUUACCCCUCCCCAUCGCCAUAGCAGUUUGAGGCUCCGCCUUGGUUGCCACGGUCCCUCCCUCCCUCGCUCGCCGCAGCCAUGCCGCCACCUGCCGACAUCGUGAAGGUGGCCAUCGAGUGGCCGGGGGCCUUCCCCAAGCUCAUGGAGAUUGACCAGAAAAAGCCACUGUCGGCUAUCAUAAAAGAAGUGUGCGAGGGAUGGUCAGUGCAAAACCAUGAGAACUACGCCCUGCAGAAUGCCGACUCCACCAACUUCUACAUCACAGAAAAGAAUCGCAAUGACAUCAAGAAUGGCUCUAUUCUGCGACUGACCAAAUCCCCUGCCACCACAGCGCUGGAGCUGCACGAGCGCAUCCAGUCGUCCAGCAUGGACGCCAAGCUGGAGUCGCUCAAGGACCUGGCCAGCUCGUCGCGCGACGUCACCUUCGCCCAGGAGUUCAUCAACCUGGACGGCAUCUCCCUGCUCACGCAGAUGGUGGAGAGUGGCACAGAACGGUAUCAGAAACUACAGAAGAUAAUGAAGCCUUGCUUCGGAGACCUGCUGUCCUUCACGCUGACCGCCUUCGUGGAGCUCAUGGACCACGGCAUCGUCUCCUGGGACACCUUCUCCGUGGCCUUCAUCAAGAAGAUCGCCAGCUACGUCAGCAAGUCGGCCAUGGACGCCGCCGUGCUCCAGCGCUCGCUGGCCAUCCUGGAGUCCAUGGUGCUCAACAGCCAGGACCUCUACCAGAAGGUGGCGCAAGAGAUCACCAUCGGUCAGCUCAUCCCCCACCUGCAAGGGUCCGAUCAGGACAUCCAGACGUACACCAUUGCAGUGAUUAAUGCUUUAUUCCUCAAAGCUCCCGAGGAGAAGAGACAGGAAAUGGCUCACAUUCUUGCACAGAAGCAGCUGCGUUCCAUCAUCCUCGCUAAUGUGAUUCGCAGUCCGAAGCCCAUUAACGAUGAGAUGGCCCACCAGCUGUACGUGCUGCAGGUGUUGACCUUUAACCUCCUGGAAGACCGCAUGAUGACCAAGAUGGACCCUCAGGACCAGGCUCAGAGGGACAUCAUCUUUGAGCUGCGUCGCAUCGCCUUCGAUGUGGAGUGUGACUCAACCAACAGCGGCAGCAUCGAGAAGCGCAAGUCCAUGUACACACGCGACUACAAGAAGCUGGGCUUCAUAAACCAUGUGAACCCAGCGGUCGACUUCACUCAGAUUCCUCCGGGGAUGCUGGCACUGGACAACAUGCUGUACUUCGCCCGCCACCAUCAGGACGCCUACGUCAGGAUCGUGCUGGAGAACAGCAGCAGGGAAGACAAGCACGAGUGUCCAUUUGGCCGCAGCAGCAUCGAGCUGACCAAGAUGCUGUGUGAGAUCCUCAAAGUGGGCGAACUGCCGAGCGAGAACUGCCACGACUUCCACCCCAUGUUCUUCACCCACGACCGCUCCUUCGAGGAGUUCUUCUGCAUCUGCAUACAGCUGCUCAACAAGACCUGGAAGGAGAUGAGGGCCACCUCCGAGGACUUCAACAAGGUGAUGCAGGUGGUGAGAGAGCAGAUUAUGCGAGCGCUCACGGUCAAGCCUAACUCCCUGGACCAGUUCAAGAGCCGCCUACAGAACCUCAGCUACACCGAGAUCCUCAAGAUCCGCCAGUCCGAGAGGAUGAACCAGGAAGACUUCCAGUCGAGGCCCAUCCUGGAGCUCCGUGAGAAGAUCCAGCCGGAGAUCAUGGAGCUCAUCAAGCAGCAGCGCCUCAACCGCCUGUGUGACGGCACCUGCUUCAGGAAGAUCAGCAGCCGCAGGAGGCAAGACAAGUUCUGGUACUGUCGACUGUCUCCUAAUCAUAAAGUCCUGCACUACGGAGACCUGGAGGAGAGCCCCCAGGGUGAAGUGCCCCAUGACUCUCUGCAGGAGAAGCUGCCCGUGGCUGACAUCAAAGCUGUUGUCACAGGCAAGGACUGCCCUCACAUGAAGGAGAAAGGAGCUCUCAAGCAGAACAAGGAAGUGCUGGAGCUGGCCUUCUCCGUCCUCUACGAGUCCGAUGAGUACUUAAACUUCAUCGCCCCUGACAAACACGAGUACUGUGUGUGGACAGAUGGGCUGAAUGCUCUGCUAGGGAAGGAGAUGACCAGCGAGUUCACCAAGAGUGACCUGGACACUCUGCUUAGCAUGGAGAUGAAGCUCCGCCUCCUCGACCUGGAGAACAUCCAGAUCCCUGAGGCUCCGCCUCCAAUCCCCAAGGAGCCUAGCAACUAUGACUUUGUCUACGACUGCAACUGAAAGCAAAGCAAAACAAAAACCAAUACCCACUGGACCAACGUUUUUUCCCUUUUUCUUCUCUGAAAAGUUGUUACUGGAAGUUUUAAACAAACAAACAAAAAAAGAACUUUUAGAGAAACUCUUGCAUUGAAAAAAAUGAACAAGAACAAAAAAAAAAAAGGAUUUAACUUUUUUUUUCUCUGCUAAAACUGUCUUUAAAAAAAAGCAAGCUUCUCAAUAGGUGCACCGACUUUCAACCAUAAAUAUGAACUCAGCCUUGGGGAACCUGCCACAGACGUCACGAUCGACAAUGGAGGAGACGCCAACCAACACCUGACUCCCAUCAAGUCCAUCCAUCCAACCUCCCACUCCUAGUUUCACGGCCCUGACCCGUUUCUACCCUCGUCUCCGCAGACACAUCUAACAUCCAACGUCGUCAGAAGCGAGUCGCCCAGUUCACGUAGAAAUGCUGUACUCUUGAGCUCGACCAUGUUGUAUUGCUGUUAAGCUUUUAUGUAGUUCUCAGGCUGUUGGGAGUUUUGAGGUGUUUCAUUGCCAUAACAUUGAGGGGAGAGACUGUGCUAGUUAAGUGCGGGUGGCAGGGUGAAGCAGGACACUCUUUUCACCAAAUACACCGCCCAUCUACCACUCAUGUAAGUGGCAGCUAAAUGAGCAGGGGGAUGACAGGUUGGCGGUUUUGAGGGUAAAAGCAAGAGACAAAGGAAAGUGAGAGAGGAAACUAUUGUAUUACCUGGUGUCUCUUUCUCUCUUGCAUUUUUGUGUUCCUCCUCCUCCUCCUCUUCUCUCUCGCACCUGUAGACUGUUAUUAACCAGGCUGUGUGGUCACUGAGCACUGCCUCCUUUACAACCGUAUAUAUCGACACGUCACCAUGACGACACCUACAGCGUUUCAUCAUCCGCGCCCAAUCUUUGCUGUACUGCGUGCUUGCCUUUUCCUUUGGUUUUAUUUUCUCCUUUUUUUUCCCGUCUUGUCUCAGUGAGUUUUUUUCCCUGCUCCUGGUAACCCAAACAGGUGCAGUGCAAAAAGACUGCUGGAUCAUUCCAGAGAAAUAUCGAGCUUUCCACUUUUGUUUGAUUUUGUAAGCUGGUGUGACUCUUCUGUAAUGGUUGUGAUGCUGCCAAGUAGUCAGUGUUAUGGGGGGAGGGAAUGGGGGUCAUGUAUGUACAUUUGUCAGUAAAGGGAAGAAAAAAUGUUUUGUUUUUUUUUAGGUUUUUAAAAAUUUGUUUUUAUUCUGGGACCAUGACACCGUUGGAAAUUCCUAUUUAAUUUAACUGAAAAAUUAUUAUAGUUAUUACUUGUAGAAUUUUAUUUGCUCCCAUUGUUAUUGGCUGAGUCCAGCAAUCUGCUGUUUACAUUAAAAUUGAAUAAAUGAGAA